AUGGCGUCUACUCUACGAUUGCCGGUGGUUGUACCACGCCAUAUCUCUCAGUCCGGUCUGCCUGCUUCCCAAUGCCGGUCCUUCUCUCAGACCUCCCAGCAAUGGGCCGGUGGCCGCGCAGUGAACUUCCGCCCUCCGAGUGUCGCGCAGCCCUCCUUCAAGACCAGAACGAAGGAUAUGAAAUUGACCGACUUGCCAAAUGACAUUGGACUGCUACCGGGUACUUUCGUUCGCCCCCUGUGGAGGGAUAUGCCUUCGAUUUUCUCGGCACCGCGCGAUAGGUUGCACAUGGAAUGGACAUGGGCGAAGUCGUUCUUCAGCAAUUACACCAGUUUGCUCCAAUACUGCAAGCGCGAAAACAGUCUCCCGCUUCUCCUCCGGGACCGCCGACGCUACGCCUCCAGGCUGCAAGAGAUCAUGUAUACCGCAUUUGCCGAAGGCAACAUUCCUGAGAUCAAGCGAAUCACCUGCGACAACCUAGGCCGCAAACUCAUCCGACAAAUUGAAGGUCGUCCCAAGAACGAAACAGUGACCUGGAAGCUCGUGAAGUACCUCCGCAGGCCCAGCACAAACUUCACCGGUCUCCGCGUCGUCUCGGACCGCGCAACAUCCAUCCCCGAGAUUCCGAAGUCCGGUAUCCGUCAGAUCGUCGUGCGCGUCACAAGCCGUCAGUCCACCACUACGACCCGCACGCAGAAAGCUGGAACCGAAACCGAGAUUGUUCCCAUCUCCUCCAGGGAACAGGAUAUCACUGAGUACAUCGUUGUUCAAAACCUCCGCUGGAACGGCAAGGAUAACGGCUGGAGAAUCUGGGGUACCACCAACGCGACUACCCUGCAAGCCGCCCAGACCGACCCCUACUUCAUGCCUGGUCUCUCGGCCCUGGAGCGUAUGGAGAUGAUCCGGGAGUCGAUGAACAAGAAAUAA